AUGAGUGUGAAUGAGGCGAUAUCCGAUGAUUUAUUCAAACAACUUUUUCGAUUAUUCUCACUUUUUGCUGAUCGAACUAAUGGAGGUUUGUGUUUUUAUAAUAAUUUUUUUCUUUAAAAGACACUUUCUGGAAAAAGGUCAAUUGCAGAUCUAAGAUUUAGCUUAGUUUCACUGUUUUCCAGUUCGAAGUGAAUAUUCAAAACAACUCGAUUAGUAUUUGUAAUAAAUUCAAACCACCCGCGCACACAGGGCACUACGUAAACGGAGUCUCGUUGUGUUUAUUUUUCCAGAAAAUUUGACAAUUUACAAUGAAAUACACGGACAACAAAAAAAUUUUCAUGCGAACUUUCUAAAUUUAAGUUUGAUCUACCUAAAAACCAGAGCGCGAAAAAUUCUUUGUGUUUAUAUUUCUUCUCAUUUUCCCUUUUUUGUCGAUUUUCAAAAAUCAGAGCUGAUUUUGGUAUGGUUUUUUCGCCUAUGCAUUAAUUUGUUUAAAAAUAAACUAUUUUCUGCGGAUGAAAAAAAUUAAUUAAAAAAAUAUAUUCUAUUUUUUGACGUGACGUGUUUUUGACCCUGAAAUUUUAAUUUUUCUUAAUUUUCAUCAUUUCAUAAAAUCACAAUACAUUUUUUAGCCACUUGCAAACCAGCUCAAGCUGAAUUUUUGAUCGACGAACUUUUGCGAGAACUUCGACGACAAACUACGCCAAAAGUUCAUGAUUUACCCGAUGAUGUCACAUUCAAGUGAGUUGAACUCAUUUUUAGUUUUAUUUAGUUCCCUUUCAUACAAGAUUCCCCUAUUUUCAGCGAGUUCCUCAAUCUUCUCCAAGUAAUAUUUCCGGAUCGUGAAGAUUUGCAAAUUUCAACAAGUCGAGUUUUCGAACGAUUCAUCAAUCAUGUUAUUGGAAAAGGAUUUGUGUUGUUCAGAAAAGUGUCGUCGAAAAAAGGAUGCUUGAAUUUUUUGAGGAAAAAUUGUAAUUCGAGAUGGAUUUUUGGUUGGUGUCAGAUUGAACCGGGAAUUGUGAGAUUGAAAGAAACAAAUGGAAAAGAAUAUCAAAUUGAGAUAAACGAGGAAACAAUUAUUGAGGUUAGUUAUUUUUGUUGCUGGGGUGUUUUUGAAACUAGCCUUUCUUGAUGUCUUAUUGUGAGAGUCCUGAAUUGAAUCUGGAAGAUCGGACUGGUUCAGAGAAUCUAGCUCGAUUUUUGCCAUUUUUUGCAUGCAUUUUUUUUUAUUUUUUAGUUUUUGCUUGCUUUAACUAAUUUAUAAUUGUGUUUUUUCUAACCUCAAAUUUUUCUACUUUUUUUUUUUCAAAUCAAAGAUAUUUGCAGCCACCAACUUCAGAUGGAGAACAAUGUGUUUGGAUGAUAAUUUCAUCACCCGAAAUCACAUAUCAAUUUUCGCAUCUCGAUCCAAUUCAAGCACAGCUUUUUGUCAAAGACAUGCGUCUCUCCAAAGACUACAAUAAUCGCGACGUUCUAGCUGAUUUUGAUUAUAAAAGAUCGAUGAAAAUGAGACCACGUGACGAAAAAAUACGAAAAGAGUUGGAAAAAGACAAAGAACGGCUUGAAGUGGAAUUAGAAGAAGAAAGGAAAAAUAGAUUGGAUGAAGAAAUUGUGAGAGGAUUGACAACUCGACUUUUGAAACAGGAAAUGGAGAAAAGUGAGCAAAUGCAACAAGUGAUUUUUGAGUUGAGAAAUAAAUUGGAUCAUGAAAAUGGACAUGAAGCAACGAUUGAAGAAAAGGUUUUGGUGAAACAAGAAUCGGAAGCAUUUGAAAAUGAAGAAAUUGAAAUAAUAUUACCAUCGCGAGAAGAUCAAAUUCAACAAUAUGCUUAUCAUUUGUAUGCUUCACAAGCUGAUGAUCAUAUAACAUCAGAUGAAGAAGAAGUAGGUUUAAUUCAAAUAUUUAUUUAUUCUAUAGAAAAUUGUUCCAGAUUUGGAAACAAAAUUACAAUCUCAUUGUUUCAACACAAUCUGUUUAG